AUGGGAGCCUACCUGAGUCAGCCCAUCACAGAAAAGGAGACUGCAGAGGGGGAGAACGAGCUGUUCCGUUAUGGAGUCGCGGCCAUGCAGGGCUGGAGAAUGGACAUGGAGGAUGCGCACUCCACCGUCCUGAGGGUGGAGCCGAGCAGCGAUGCUGGGAUCUUUGCGGUAUUUGAUGGACAUGGUGGCAAGGAAGUCGCAAAGUAUGCGGCAGUGCACGUGCCCCAACUGGUGGUAGAGUCAGAGGGGUACAGAGGGGGUCAGACUGCCCUCGCACUCUCCCAAGCCUUCCUCGCGGUGGAUGACCUCCUGGUGCUGCCAGAGCACAGGGAGGAGCUCAAGGCACUGCGGGGUGGCGACAAGGAGGAGAAGCAGAAAACGCGACGCGGUGAGGAGGAGCCCAUGGUAAUCAAUGGCGGCAGCCUGCCCGACCACAUCCUGGAGGCGCUGGGCCUCACGGCCGAGUCCGGGGUGUCCAUCCGCCUGGUGCGGAAUGGGGCCCGGGGCCUCAUGGGCGAGGGCGGGGAGGGUCCCCUGAGCAGCCAGGACGCCGCCAAGGUCAAGGCGAAGCGAAAGCGGGUGGAGGCCGCCGCCGCAGCAGCCCUGCGGAGGUCGGGGCCCAGCGCGGCCCAGGAUGCGGAGACCUCCUCGGGCGACACCGGCGCCGUGGGGUCGCCCUUUGACGCCGAUGCCGACGCGCUGCCCGUGCUCGCCCCCUCUGCCGCGGAGGAGGAGCUGCGCGUCGCGGCGGUGGUCGAGGACGGCGCCUCCCCGCAGCCCGACACGCCCUCCGAGCAAGGGGAGGGCGAGUACCUGGGCCCCACCGCCGGCUGCACCGCCGUUUGCGCCCUGGUAAAGGCCGGCGUGCUCACGGUCGCCAACGCCGGCGACUCGCGCUGCGUGCUCUCGCGGGGGGGGGUGGCGCUGGCCAUGACCCAGGACCACAAGCCGGACGACCCCGCCGAGUACGCCCGCAUCAUCAAUGCCGGAGGCUUUGUGGCCGACGGGCGGGUGAAUGGGUCCCUGAACCUGUCCCGCGCCCUGGGCGACAUGGAGUACAAACAGAGCAAGGAGAUGGGUCCGGAACACCAGGCGGUGACUGCGGUGCCAGAGGUGAGGACGGAGACCCUGCAGGCUGGGGACGAGUUCCUCAUCCUGGCUUGCGAUGGCAUCUGGGACGUCCUCACCGUGCAAGAGGCCGUCGACUUCGCGCGAGAGCGGCUCUUGAGUGGGAAGACGCCCAGGGAGGUGUGCGAGGCGAUGUGCGAUCAUUGCCUGGCCCCCGACACUGACAAUUGCGGCAAGGGAUGCGACAACAUGAGCGUGAUAGUUGUGGUCCUGAAAGACUAUGGCUUCCCAGAGACACUGGCCGCGGCGAGGGCCGCCGCUGCCACCAAUGCCUGA